AUGGCCACACCACAGACACAAGGAGUCGCACAGGAUGACCCCAACGCCCUCCUCUGGCACUUGUCUGUUAACAAGGACAGCGAACCAACCAUUCUGUUCAUACACGGUGCUUUUGUAGACGCUCACGACUGGGAACUGGUGGUACCCUACAUCCAUGACUACCAUCUUCUUCUCCCAGACUGUCUUGGACAUGGUCACUCGUCGCACAUACCAUUUUCCGUCGAGAUCUCUGCACAGCGCAUCGCGCAUCUGAUAGAGAUGGAAGCUACCGGCGGUCGAGCCCAUAUUGUUGGCCAUAGUCUCGGUACCUCGAUCGCAGUCUGUCUUGCUGCCAACUAUCCUCAUGUCGUCGAAUUGAUGUUUAUCUCUGGAUACAGCGAAGCGCCUGUCUCAAAAGCUCCGCUACCACCUUACCUGCUCUGGGCCUCAAACCGCAUGGAAAACGCUGUCCCACGACCUUGGAUUCGCUGGCUCAUGGAUGGUACCGAUCUCCGCCGCACAAAUAGUCCUUCGUUAUCGCUUUGCACACAGAUCGCGCAAACCGACAGCGCAGCAGCGCAACUGCACCCAUGGUCUGCACGAACCCUGAUCAUUGUCGCUGGGAAGGGUGGGGUGGUUCCAUCUAGCGAUAGCCCGGAGGCUGCUCGCAAACUCGUCAAGAUUGGAAAAGAGAACAACACUUUGACUCUUGCUUAUACGCAUCCGGAUAUGAGGCAUCCUUGGAAUAGGCAGAAUCCUCGGCUUUGGGCGGAGACUGUUGUAGCGUGGGUUGAGGGGAAGAAGCUUCCAGCUGGGUUUGUGCCACUGUAG